AUGAAGGUCAAUGGCACUGAGUCCAUGGUCGAGACCCCUCCUCUCUUGGUCAUGACCCUCCCGAACCUACCAGCCACUCCCGACGACAACGAUCUGCUGGCCUCUGCGUCGAACUUCGCGGCGGCCCUGGCCCGAGAGGGACUUCAUCAGGUAUCCGUGGCCUUCUCCUCACGCUUUGAAAUCAAGCGCUUCAGGAAGGCCCUCGAGAUCUCUACACGCCAUUCCCCCGCAACAGCUAUCACCAUCUGUGGCAAAGGCAACAAACCGUCGGGAACGAAGUCGAGAACCCCCAGGACCAUGGUGGUAACGGUGCACCCAGGCCGGAUGUCCUAUGCUGACGCGCUCGGCGCCAUGCAGGCAUCGGUGAGCCCGUCGGAGCAGGGCGUUCAGGUGAAGAAAGUUUUUAGGACUCAGAACGGGCAGAUUGGCGUUCGGCUGGGGACAGACGACCAGACGGUCGCCGAGUCCUUUGCAGAGGCUAUCGCCAAGGGCACGAACCUCGUCACCAGGGCAGCGCCUCCUCCUCAGGCCGGAAACGAGAAGGCUAUCAUCGUCAGGGAUAUUGGCGGCACUCUCUCACCGGAGGGGCUCGCUAGAGCGCUCGCGAUCGAGGGAGUUGCGGACGCGACGUCGAUCCGCCUCUCCGCCUUCAAGCCAACGAGAGCAGGCGACCACUCCUGCGUCGCUCGGAUGCCGACGAAGCUGGCGAAUAUCCAUCUCCGGAAUGGUUCGAUCCAGAUAGGCUGGUCCAGCUGCAGGCUGGGGGAGAUGGUAGAGGUUCAGCAGUGCCGCAACUGUCUUAGCUUCGAUCACUCGACGACUGCCUGCAGGGAACCCAUCUCCGAAUCGCCUCCCUGCUUGAAAUGCGGAGACAAGGGCCACCUAGCUAAGAGCUGCAAAUCGCCCCCGAUUUGCUACACCUGCGCUGCCGGAAACUCCAGUCUCCCGAUCGAUCAUUUCGCCAACUCGACGGCGUGCCCAGCUUUCGAUCUCGCCCUACAAAAUGCGAGUUCGUCUGCCUUCGGUCCUGUGGACGUCAUUCUCCUAUCCGAACCCCCGACCUCUUCCUUACCCACGGCAACGGCCAAAAGCCUGCACUCGUAUGCCAGCAUACAUGUUCUCAACCCAGGGCUCGAGGUCGCCAUUCUGGAGUCUUCUGGCUCCUUUGCGGCGAUCAGAGCUAACGGAACGACAGUUAUUUCGGUAUAUAUUUCGCCCAAUUCCUCCCUCGAACAGUACGAAGAUUUCCUCCUCGAACUAGAUCUCUUCCUAGUCUCAAACCGUCCCCGAUUCUUCCUCAUCGCGGGCGAUUUCAACGCACACCACGUCGCCUGGGGCUCUCGUUCCUCCUCACCAAAGGGAAACGCUCUCCUUACUUCCAUCAACUCCAUCGAUGCAACCGUGGCCAACCACCCGGGACAUACCUUCGAAAGAGCAGGUUACUCCUCCGUCCUCGACCUCACGAUCGUCUCGGCAGCCUCCGCGAGUCUCCUCUCACGCUGGUCCAUACGGAGUGAGGACGAGUUCCUCUCGGAUCAUCUGUACAUAACCUUUGCUAUCGCUAUUAGGUACUCUAACCCCUCUGGAGAACCAACCUCGUCUCGCCCCCGGGGGAAACUUAAUCUCAAGAAGUUCUACGAAAUCCUCGAAGAACAGAUCCCGCAUUUGCCGGACUUUUCCCCGGAAAUAGUGGACCCCCUCAUCAACGUCGCCUGCUCUAGGGCGAGUCCCCCGCUCCAUCAUAAAGUUGCACACCAUAAUCCCAGAUACUGGUGGUGUGACGAAACGGCCUCGGCCAGGAGAGGCUGCAUCACCGCCCGGCGUGCUCUCACCCGGGCCCGGCCCUCGGCCCCUCCAGCCCUCGUCGCAGCCCUCGAGGCGGACCUCAAGACAUCUAGAUCCUCGCUCCGCCGGGCGAUCGCUGCCAGCAAGUCGAGGUGCUGGAACCAUCUUCUCGAACAACUCAAUGAGGGAACCCAUCCCUUCGGGAAAGCGUAUAAGAUAGUUACGAACAAGCUCCGCCGCCCCCAGGGAAUCCUCGAACCCGAGGCGCCAGGCCAAGACGGAAUUCCAGCAGAGGCCAUCAAGGGCUUCAUCACCAAACAUCCGGAGGUCUUCAGGGGCAUGAUGGAAUCGAUUUUCAGAACUGGGAGCUGGCCUUCCGCCUGGAAGCUUGCUAGAUUGGUUCUCAUCCCGAAGCCGGAGACCGAACGAGCGAAACCGCUCCGAACCCGAGCCCACACCGUCGGAGUACUUUUAGACGUGAAGAACGCCUUCAACACGAUAUCCUGGGACUCAAUCAACUCCUGCCUCGAGCGCGCGAAUGUCUCGGCGUAUCUUAGACGAUGCCUCGCGAGCUAUCUCUCAUGUCGACAAAACCUUCAUCAGGGCGUGGUUUCCACGGUCACCGCCGGAGUGCCCCAAGGGUCCAUCCUUGGGCCUACUCUCUGGAACGUUGCGUAUGACGAGGUACUCAGGCUGGAUCAUCCGCCCUCGAUCAGGUCCGUCGCGUAUGCGGACGACUUACUGAUACUUAUUGCACAGAGGGAUCCCGAACUUCUGGAGCUCGAGUUGAACUGUGCGCUUGCGCAGAUCAGCACUUGGAUGCGUAGACACGGCCUCACCAUGGCCCCCCAGAAAUCCAUCGCGAUUUUCCUCAACGGCCGCAAACACCUUCCACAGGUCGAGCUCGACAUUCGUCUCGACGGGCACCCAGUCCGUUUUGAGCGAAGUGUUAAAUACCUCGGUAUGGUGCUGGACACCGGUCUGACAGGUACAGCUCACAUCAGAUACGUCUCCCAGAAGGCCCUCAAGGCCGCGUCGGCUAUCUCGCGCCUCAUGCCGAGGUGCAGAGGAGUCAGCCACCACCGUCGGAAGGUUCUCAGCUCGGCUGUUGAUAGCAUCCUUCUCUAUGCAGCCCCUAUUUGGGCGAAAUGCCUGGAGAGGAAGACCAUUAGAAGACUCCUAGAUGCGGCUCAACGCCCCCUGGCGAUCAGGAUCGCGAGGGUGAACCGCACGGUUUCCACCGUAGCGACUCAACUCAUCGCAGGCAUUCUGCCCUACGACCUCCGAGUUAGAAUCCUGCUCUCUCGCGAGGAGCGCGAAUCGGCCGGAUUGGGAGGGGAAGAACGAGAGAUUUUCACUCGGGAGAGUGCCAUCCAGGUUUGGAGGGCCCGCCUCGAAUCCAUCCGUCCUCUCCAGCCGGGUUUCUACACCUCCAGGAUCAUAACGGACGUCGAGGGUUGGGUCGAGCGGAAGUUUGGCGGACUCACUUACGCUCUAUCGCAGCUCCUUUCCGGCCAUGGGUCUUUCGGAGAGUACCUGUACCGGAUCGGCAAGACGGACUCCCCCUCAUGUACGCUGUGCCACAGCGGUCCCAUCGACGACGUGUGCCACACCUUCGAGGUGUGCGCUGAUCUUGGGCCCAUCCGGGCAGAAUUCAGGAGGAACUCCUCCUACACUGGACCCGUCGAAUGCGGCAGACUCGUCCGCUACAUGCUUCAUGGGAGGGACGAAUGGAGACACGUAGCCAGUCUUUGCAGAGACAGUCAUAGG